UUAAAAACAUUUUUUAUAAGAUUUUUUUUGUUAUUUUUAGAAAGCAAUAAUCCUAGGAUUUAAGGUUAUUGAGAUUUCUAGGGUUUUGCAAAAUUAAAGAUUUUGUAUUGGAUUGAAUUCAUAAUGAUAUUAUCAAUCAAUAUAGAAGACAUAAUUAGUGAUGCCAAUACUUCAUUAAGUUCUGGAAAUAUUGACAACUUCAUUGAGCAGUGUCAAAUUCUUGUAUAUUACUUUAAAUCACAUGAUGCUAAAUGUGUAUUGAAUGGUGAGAGCAUAAUACAUGAAGUUGACCAGAUAUUAAAAGAAAAAAUUAUUUUCCAAGUUUGUCUACCUUAUUUAAAAAUAACACAUAGAAAUAACAAUGCUAAUCAUCUGGCUUUAUUAUUAUUAAAAUUAUGUUGUAACAAUAUAUUGUUACCAAAUGUUUUGUCAAAUUGUUUAACUUUACUAAAAGAGCACAUAAAUAAUGAUAAAUAUUCAACAGAAUCAACUGAUGGUUUGCCUCAAGUUAGUGUUCAGAGUUUAAUAUUUAUUUUGCAAUUUUUAAAAAAGCUUGAUAUUGAAAAAAAUGUGACAGACAUUUUUGAUGUUUGCAUGCAACUGAUAGAGUGUGAUUUUAUAAAUGAUGCAGAUUUUAAUUCCCUAAAUAGUUUUCUUUCUGUAAUCUAUGAUGCUUCAAGCAAAACAGAAAAUGAGAGACUGUGGUGUUGCAUAUUAUCCUUAUCAAAAAGAAAUGAAAUCAAAAAGUUGCUAAUUUUGUUGGCUGUUCAUGUCACACAAAUAACAGUGUCGUGUGGUAUUAUAGAAAAUGAACAUUUUUGGAAUAUUAUACAAAAAGGGUUAAUAGAUUAUGAUCCAUUAACACGAAAAAGAGCUCAAUAUGUUCUUAAAUGUCUUCUAACAUAUCUUAGUUCUACAGAGAUGUUUUCUACAAUACCUAUGCAUGAAGGUCUUCCGUUAAUGUUUUGGAAUAUCAAGCAAAAUGAUAUAUUUUGGAUUGUUUGGAAAAAUAUAAUUUUACUGCUUGAGACAUUAGAAGAAAAACAAUUACAUGUGAUUGCACCUGUUCUUUCUUUAAUGGAAAAUGUAUUUGAUGCUGCUUGUUUAAAUAAUGGAGAUUUAAAGUUUCUUCACUUUUCUUGGUUUUUGGCUAUACUUCGUAGAAUCAUGGCUCAUGAGUGUAAAAGUCUUUGUAACUGGGGUCUACAAUUUGCUUUACAAAUGAACUUGAAUAAGUUUCCUUUACUAAAGCAGAAAAACUUUACUUUUAUUUUUGAAGGCUUAAUGGAAUCUUUAAAGUCUAUUUAUGUGUUUAAUUGCAACAAUGACGAUCAACAUGGCAGCCCACCAGUGGUGUAUUCAUUAUUAGAAAGUUUUUUUAUUAAUGUUCUGGAGAAUUUAAGUUGUGAUCAAAAAAGAGUAUUUUUUUCUAAGAUUAUGCUGUUUCUUUCUAAUGUGGAUCUAUGUGAUCUUUCUCUUGUCUACAUUACAAGAGCUUUUAUGACUUUGCAGCUUGUUGAAGCAUGGUCAGUAGAUGAAUUAAAUAUGCUGAAAACAUUUCUCUUCAAUUUUCUUCCGUUGAAUAGAAUCGAAUAUCAACAAGUUAUUUUUUAUAACAUUACUAGUUUUUUUACGUUAAACUCUUCAACCAAUCACUUUGAGUAUGGCUUAGAAAUUUUAAUUCGUGGUUUAAAUGAAAAUUUAGUGAUGUAUAACGAUCCUUGCUGGUCUCUUUGGGUCUUUUGGUUGAGGAAGUUUAAAACAGAUCUUAAUUCUAAGACUUUAAAUAUGGUUCUUCAUAGUGAUACAGUUAGCACUAAGUUUGUUAUUGUUUUGUUCAUUUUAAUUUCAGAGAUAUCAACAGACAAACUUUUGUCUUCUUUAAUAGAUAUUGUUUCCCGACUUAACACCAACCCAUACUUAGAAAAAAAAAAUGUACAGAAGGUUUUUAAAAUCAUUAUCAAUUUUUUGAAAGUUAUUCAACAUAGUAAUGAAUUUAAUAAUUUAAUUUCAUUGUUUGAUCAUCUUGGUAAUUUUUUUAAAGACAUAGCUGACUACUACAUACUUCAAAUCAGUUCUAAUGAUGAUGAACAUAUUGAAGAAUGCUUAAACAUUGUUUCUCAAUAUAUAUCUUUUGUUAGCUGUUCAGAUUAUUUUAAAACUAUUUGUGAAUCUACGAUGAGUACUUUGUGUUUAAAAAUUCAGCAGUUAGUUUCAACACGCUUGUCUCUAAUAAAGGAUGAUCCACUUGGAUUAGUUUGUUGCUCGAAUGCAUUAUGCAAUUUGUUGAGUAUAAGUAUGAUAUAUAAAUGGCCAUUUCAGCAUCAACAAUCAAUAUUUACAUUUUUAAAUGUAAAUCGAAGUUGGUUAAAUGAUAUUUUCAAAAACAAUUUAGGAUAUUUUACUUGUGAUAAAUUUAUUGCAACAUGCUGGAAUUGUUUAUCAAAACUUUUCAUAUGUAAUGGUAGUAAAAGUUUUUUUAAACAAAAGGAUGCCAUUUUAAAUCAAUUUUACAUUGAUAUGGACUUGUCAUCUUAUGAAACACAAGAAAUAAUUCUUGAGUUUUCAAAACAUUUAUCAAGUAUUCUAUUGGAAAAUAUUGAAGAUGUUUGUACUCUUAUAAGUUUUCUACAAAAAGUAAUUAAUGAAACAUCAAAUAACCGAUCAUUUUGGAGAAUAUAUCAGCAUUGCAUUAAGGGUAUUAUUAACCCUGAAUUUUUGCAGAUAACACACCAAAAUGUUUUUAAUGCUAUUCGUGGUUGUUGGUUGUAUUUGUAUGAGUUAGGGACACGAAAGUCAGGGGUUGUUAACAUAGUAUUUGAACAGUUUGUAAAAACUUUUAGAGCUAUGGGAUCAAAUGCUGCCAUUUGUGUACGUCAAUAUAUGGAUGUUUUAGUAGAAGCUUGUGUGUUUGGCCCAAUACAUAAUAAAGAUAUAAAGCCUUAUAAUCAUCUUAUUGAUUUUUUAAAUGCUGAGAAGUGUUACAGAAUUAUGCCCAAGUUAAACUCUGUUUUAUUUCAAGACCGUCAUGUUAAAGUGUUGCUGGUAAAUUUUAUCUUAGAAAUGAAAAAUUCAUUUGGUUUUGAAGAAAUUUAUGUAGAGUUUCUGUUUAAAUUACUUAAUUAUGAUUCUACAAAUUUAAAAUCAAAAUUUGUGUACUAUCCCAAUUCUAUUAUUCACAGACAAAAAAUUCGCAUUUGGCAAAUGGUUUUAAUUCUACUUGAUUUUUUACCAACUGAGUUUGACUUUGAAAAGUUUUUAAAUUUACUUUAUCCAUCAUUAAUAAUUGAUAAUCAGCCAUCUGUUCGACGUUUUAUUGAAUGGUCUAUUAUUUAUAUUUAUUAUAAAAAGCCACAGUAUAUCAAUACUCUUUGGAAACAAAUGGAGUAUGCAACUGAGAAAAUAUUACCAACUGUAGUGAAUGUUUUAUCUAUAGUUACUCAGUUAGCAAAACUGCUUAAUGAAAAAGAUUUUGUUGACUUUUCAUUUACUGCAAUUCCUCUUCUUCUUCCAUGGAUGCAAGCACAACAUAUGACAUCUAGAAUUUUAUCUCAGGUUGCAUUAAAAAGGAUUUGGAACAGAAUUAAUAAAAUCAAUCAUUAUCAGUUAAAAGAAAAGUUUUCUUUGGUUGAAUCCUGCUUUACAUUAAAAGAAAAAAACUCAUCAGUUGUAAAGCAUCGCUUAGAAAUUUCAAAGAAUUUUUUUUAUUGUUCGUUUGAUCCAAUAUGUCAUUAUUCCUUAGAGUCUAUUUUUAAAGGAGUAUUAUCGCACACUGAGUUGCAAUCAGAUGAAUGGAUACCAGUUAACUGUUUCUGUUUCUGCUCCGGGUUUGAAAAUCUUAAAUUAUAUGAUGAUGGUAAAAAAUCAUUUCAAUCUAAACAUUCAAAUAAUGAAGAUCUUUUGAAUGGAGUAAUGCUUGAAAAACAAAUCAAUGUUCAAAAAAAAAUAAUGCCAUGGAAAGUUUUGCCUCCCUCAGAUGAUGAAAUACUCUGCUCAGAAUUUGUACGAAAACAAGAUAUGAAAAAGUCAGAGUUAAUACUAUGUGCUGUUUUAGUGGAAAAAAUUCCAAAUCUUGGUGGUUUGUGUCGAACAGCAGAGAUAUUUGGUAUUUCUAGUUUUCUUAUCGGAAGCCAGCGUUAUAUUAAUGAACCAGGAUUUCAAUCUUUAAGUGUCUCCGCUGAAAAAUGGCUAGAUAUUCAACAAGUCCUUCCUAUAAAACUUCUCCAAUACUUAAUGGAUUUAAAGGAAGAUGGUUACAGUUUGAUUGGGGUGGAACAAACAGCAAAAAGUAGCAAAAUUGGAGAUUUUAUAUUUCCAAAAAAGUCUGUUCUAAUUCUUGGUAAUGAGCGAACAGGAAUUCCAGUUGAUUUGAUACAAGUUCUUGAUGAAUGUGUUGAAAUUCCUCAAGUUGGAAUUAUUCGAUCAUUAAAUGUACACAUAAGUGGUGCCAUCAUGGUUUGGGAGUAUUGCAAGCAGCAUGUCUUUUAGUUUAGACAUUUUUAUUGUAGUUUAAUAAAAAGUAUUUAUUUCCAGGAAAAAAAAUUAUGUUUAUA